UCGCUACCUUUGCCUUGGCUGACUGACGCCCAGCGCUCUCCGCUGCCAGACGCCCUUAGACCCCUGCCGACGCCAACAGAGGCCCUCUUGCCAGGGACCCUGCUCCCUCGUUCUCAUGCAGGCCUCGCCACCUUGCAGCAGCCUCAGCUCAUAGUCUCCACAGGGAACAACUUCAUCUCUCUGAACUCAACUCAUGAAAGUUCUACUUGACCCAUUUCUGCAAACAUCUGCUGCUCUACUACCUCCAGGGUCACAUGGGGCAGGGACAUCAUGUGAAAGCGCAAGCUCUUUCUGGAUUGGAAAGAAGUACGGAAGUGUUGAAGGAAUUUCUCUAUUGCCUUGCUUUAAAUCCUGAAUGUAACUCAGUGAAGAAGAAGCACAGAAGGUGUGAUUUCCUUCAGAUGACUUUGUGCUUUAAGUCUUAUUUACAGCCUUUGUGUCCAUGCAGAGUAAUGUGUGAGGUGUCUUUCCCUGCUACAGAAAAUAUGCAUCCAAAUUUGACACCUUCCAUCCAAAGCAGAAUGUCUAACUCCCGAUUAAAGGCUCAGUGUCACAGCCAUAUAAACAGCCAGCCUGCUCUGGAUGAAGGUGGCAGCGCCGGCAGUUCUAAGAAUCCAUCUGAUAAAUGUGAUGUGUUUAGAAAUGCCAGUUCUUCAGUUUUAUAUUUUAUACUGGGUUUACACUUGGAGGAGGAUAAAGUGUUAGAAAGUAUCUUUCCAAUGGCACCCAGCACCCGUGUGAAGAGACAGCUUCCAAGUGAUUUGGAAGAUGCUCCUGACUUGAACGCCCUGGAAAAAUUCCCAAGAAAGGCAGUUUCCUCACCUCAAAGGAACAUGAACCCUAAUGCAGAAAGUGCAGAGUUCUCAAUAGAUGUACCUGACUUUGAGUGUGCCCUUUGCAUGAGGUUGCUCUUAGAGCCUGUCCCGGCACCAUGUGGACAUAUUUGCCUAAAAUGCCUUGAGCUCUGCCUCAACCAUGCCCCACAUUGUCCACUGUGCACAGAAAAACUUUCCGAACUGUUGGCAAGCAGAAACUUUAAUACAACUAUUUUGGCCAAAGAAUUAAUAUUUCGAUAUUUGUCAGAAACUGAUAGGAAGAGAAUUUAUGAUGAAGAAAUGAUGGAAUUGUCAAACCUGACCAGAGACGUCCCCAUCUUUGUGUGUGCCAUGGCCUUCCCCACCGUCCCAUGUCCACUGCAUGUCUUUGAGCCCCGCUAUUGGCUUAUGAUAAGAAGAUGCAUGGAAACUGGCACCAAGUGGUUUGGCAUGUGUUUAUCUGCUGAGCACACAGGGAUUUCAGAGUGUGGCUGCAUGCUGGAGAUUAAGGACGUCAGAACGUUUCCGGAUGGAAGCUCAGUUGUGGACGCAAUUGGAAUUAGUCGGUUCCGAGUUUUAAGCCACUGUCACAGGGAUGGCUAUAACACAGCGGACAUUGAAUAUCUUGAAGAUGAAAAGGUAGAAGGUCCAGAGUAUGAAGAACUGACCACCCUUCAUGACUCAGUUUAUCCGCAGUCUGUCUCCUGGUUCACAUCACUUCAGGAUCACAUGAAAGAACAGAUUUUAAGCCAUUUUGGGUUAAUGCCAGACAAGGAACCUGAGCCUCCAAGUAAUGCUAGUGGUCCCACUUGGUCCUGGUGGGUCCUGGCAGUGUUGCCACUGGAACGCAAGGCUCAGCUGGCCAUCCUCGGCAUGACCUCGCAUAGAGAGCGUCUCCUUGCCAUUUGGUGAAUAUUAGUCAUCAUCACACAUAAGAUGAAUAGUCGGCAAGAGCUGGGUGAUAGCAGGGCAAGAAAUAAUUGAUUUUCUUUCUCUGCCAAGGUUUCUGGAGGCCCUUGUACUUUUAUGAGGAGUGCCAGACUGGACAAUUAACGUCCCAUUCAUCACGCUUUGCAGAAUGCUUGUUGAUAGGGUCGCAAAAUGGAGCACUGAGCAAACACUGCUUCCUACUCCAAAGUUUAAAAGUCUGUGCCUGGUGGAAUCUGCCUUUAUACAAAGUUGGCCUGAAGUUUACGUGGAGCCCAUGGUCAGAAAACAACCUGAGAAAAAUCUGAAAGCAGAUGCUUCUUGUGUGCAGUUUACUGAUACCACAUAUGUUUGACACGUGGUUUAGGUUUUGUAAGAAGGAAGAAAUCCCUUCCCAGUAAAGUAUCUUGCUACACCAGAUGGGAACAGCAUGCUUCAGCAGCUAGACAGGAAGGGGGCAGUCAUGUUGUUAUCAGGAAGCAGAUUUCUCAGAGCACAGGCUACCUGAAACUGGGCUUAGGGUUUGUGUGUCACUGUAAACUUGUUUGUGAAACUGAGGAAUCAAACCGUUUUCCAGUUCAGGAGCCAAAAUCAGUUCUUACCCAAGAAGUAGUAGCUACUGGAUAGAACUGUGUGUUAUAUCCUGUGGUAAUUCGGGUAUUUAAGUUGCAUGUUGUAAUAAAAUGAAUAUAAAAAUACAAAAAGGUGUAACUUCAGUAAGAAAAAUCUGAGAUAGUUUAGUUCAUUUGCGCAUGUAUAUAUACACAAAGAAUGAGCAAAAGUGAACUAAAACAGCAUAAUCCUGUUUCUUUAAUGCAACAGACACUGAACAUUUAGGAAAUAGUCAUCUUUCUACUAGGAUUUGCAUUAAAAACUAGGCUCACCAAGUAAAUUUGCAUUCACCAUCCAUCCAUUUAUAUAUGAAGACGUUAUUAAGCUGCUAUGAAAUGGAAAUCUACCUAUUGCAGGAAAAUAUAUGAGGAGAAGACAUGUAAGGAGAGAACAGUUUGUAUGAGAUGUAAGUACUUGGCAAGUUUUUCUACAACCCUAACCUAAAAAUUGUCUUUAGUUUUUUUGGGGGGAUAGGGAAAAGAGGUGGUUCAAUGAUCAGAACAGGUGUUAUCUAUUAAAGAAGAAUAUGUAUAACUUCCAGUCUCUAAAGCAUGUUGGUUAUAUUUCCUGGAAUAACCAUUCGGACCUGUGGUGCUGAGCGGCUCUCACUCGCAGACCCAGCUGAUGCCUUCGGUUGGCAUCUCAGUCUGUGAAGCAGAGGCUCUUCACUGAAGGAUGAUGAGAACCAGACUAAGGAGUGAACUGCAGCUGUAAGGUUUGCUGUAUUCACUCAAGGUGUGUGAGGUUUGAGUUUAAAAAACAUAUAUUUCAUAAUACCAAGUGGUGGCUUACCAAUCUAUCAAGCAUUUUAUUAGACUUUAUAAUAGUAUUUCUUCUUAAUUGUAGGAAUUUUCCAUAGCUAAAACUCAGUUUCACCAUGGGAGUGAGAAAAUACUGUUCUUAGUUACAAGUUACAAAGAGAAAACUUGGUUGGAAAAAUAUUUUCCAGUCGGAUAUUGCCAGCGCUUCAUUUAUGGUGAAUCUCAAAUCUCAUCUUGAAUGUGGGUUAAAGGCGGUUUGGCCAAAUAAUUUCCAAACUAUUUUAUUAAUUCAAGCAUUGGCAAUAGCCUUUAACAUUCUUUGGCAUUAUACCCUAACUUGCUCAUCUGAAAGCGAGCAAAGCUGCAUUUAGUUUGCCAGAAGAUUUUUAUUAGAAAAGGGUCAUGAAAGUGGGUUUGCACUGAUUAUUCCCUGUCUCUUUUAGAAAAUCUUCUUCUACCUUAAAGUCAAGUCAUUGCUGUUUGAAUUUGGGAGUGUCUAUCUAACCAUGUGAUCAUAGUUUCCCUAGGAGCCUUCCUGAAGUUUCUGUGCUGAGAGUAUUAGAGCUUUCUUCAUAACAACUGGAUGCUGCUCUCAACCUCCCUCAGCAAAUGUCGUAAGUGGUAUAGUUUAACUGGUAUAGUUGUUUAAGCAGAACCAUUAAGCUUUCUCUUCCUGGUUGUGCCUGCCUCUGUCUGAGUCGUCAUCUCUUUGGGAGUGCUCUUACAUAAAAACCUGUUAAACAGUAAUGGCACAGCCUAGAGCAACAAAAGCUUUGGUUGGUUUGUUUUUUGGCCCCAAAAGGAAAUGACCACCAUCACGUCAUACCCUGUCCUGCAUCAAACCCCACAUAGUUCAAAGUGGGAGGAGCUGGGUACUUCCUGGGCACUUAGUGACAUUGUUUGUCAGGAAGUUGAACCAAAGAAAGUAUACCCCAAGUCCUAUUAUGAGGAAGUGUCCUUUUAUAAGUUAAUGAAAGAAAGAAACCCAAACUCCAGUUUGCUGCAAAUCCAGCUGAAGCAGAACAAUCCCCUCCUCCUCUGCCUGUCCCUCUUUUUAAGGAUUUCUCAGAAAGUACCACAAUCUCUUGGGCAAAGUAAGAGCAUUCCAGUUCCGUGUUUCCAAAAAUGUUCUGACACCGAUGCUCUAGUUAUGUUAGAAUAAAAACCAGUCUACUUAGGGGAGUAGCAGUGUGGGGGAGUGACUGCUCUGUAAGCACAGGACUUGACAUGCAGUGCACUCUGUUAGGUGUUUUUUCAUCCCUCGAGUGGCUUGACUCAGUUCCCUCCCUGCCUGCAUCUUUGAAAUGCAGCUGACAUCCUGACCAGCAGUAUUCUGAAAUCCUAUGAGAUAUAUAGGGCAUCACAUCCCAUAUGUUGUCCCUGUCUUCAGAAUUGAAAGAAUAUCUUCUAAAGUGCCAUAUGAAGACAGUUUAAAAUUUUAAGGAUUUCUAGGCAACCACAGUAAAUUUUAACUAAUUCAUGUGUCAAAAUUUGGAGUGCAGUCGCAUUUCAAAACCACAGAAAUGUCCUUCUUUUAACUGUCGCCCUGCCCAGACCAAAACAAAAACUGUUUAAUAACUUGUAUCUCGACCCUUAACAUAUGUCAAGUCUUAACACAGGACUUUUGAAUCAUCAAUAAACAAAGUUAUACCACGAA